AUGACUGUCAUCAACCACUACAGGCCUCCAGCGAUGACAAGAAAGAUGUGUGCAAAGAGUGCAUUCCAUAUCAACAACGAGACUAUCAAUAUCUGGAGUCAUUUACUCGGAUUCAUCUACUUCACCUAUCAACAAUACUACACAAACUACAUAGUUCUCCCAUCAGUCGGAUCUCAUAAAGCUGAUCAUUUCGUGUUCACUCUAUCAAUAUUCGGAAUGCAAAUGUGUAUGCUUCUAUCAGCAAGUUAUCAUACAUUCGGGUGUACAAGCAUUGAGAUGAGACAGAAAUAG